AUGAUUCGACCCAGUGUCAUGGUCCAGCGCCGACUCGCUACCUCGACCAUGAAAAUUGGCUCCCGAGGUCUCGCGACCCACAUCGCGACCCCAACUCAAGCUCCCGUGCUGUUGGAGGACGUCGAGCCGUCCCAGCGCGACAAGUUGCCUGUCUUCACCAUCUCUCGAGAGCGAGGGUCAGUUCUAGACUGCUCUCUGAUCUGAUGUUUUGCGCAAAGUGUCCGUGUGACGUGGAGCUGUUUGGCUGACGAUCUUGGUUCCGGCUCGGCAUUGUUCGGCAUCGCCCCUUUCGCUUAUCUUGCCCGUUUCCUGAUCUCCCGCUCCUCCAACCCCUCUCUCCCCCACCUCGACUCCUCAUCAACCCCGGCAAAUUUCAUCACACCACGGUUUACUAUGAGUCUACAACAGUUUCCUCCCCCGAGUCGAUCCGUUGACCCACCUCCCCGCCGAGUUCGCUCCCCUCGAGUCGUUGCUGCAGCGCAUGACGAUCCGUCAACCGAACGGCGGCGUCGGCUUGCUCGGCCACGGCCAAUUCGCCGAUGCGUGCGAGACCGAACUCAAGAAGGUCGACUUGGAGAGCAAGGUCGAUCAAGUCAUCGAGAGUGGUACGUUCUUCCUAGAUUGCCCGUGAACAGAUCCAAUGCUCGUCGAUGGACGUUCGCUAAUGUUACGACCGCGGUUGGACCUCUCCCUUCUCCUGUCUUUUGGCACUGCAGGCAACCAGCAGCUUCUCUCGGCGCUGUUCCGUGAUUACUGCUACGCCACCUCGGGUGAGUGGCGUCGUGAGGGCUCUAAAUUGUACCGAGAUCUGGGAAACUGAAGCACUGUCACUUUCUCGCCAGCCUUCCUCCUUGAGCCGGUCGACCAACGCUUCCGACACACCGCAGUCUACGGCGAAGGCAACAACCGCCUCCCUCGCGAGCUCGCGGUCCCGAUGAAGAAGCUCGCCGAUAAGCUCGGUCACUUUCCCUUCAGUGCGUCGUGCAUCUGCCUCUAUUUUAUGUCUUCGAUAUUGCGACUGAUAUCAUGGACACUCCUGUACAGUGGAGUACUCCUCUUCGUACGCUCUCCAGAACUACGUCAAGAUCCAGUCCAAGGCCAAGCCAGGCAAGCUCGGCCCUCUUUCCGAAUGGGCUACGGACAACCUCAACAUCCUCCGUGCGUUCGAGGAUGCCAGCGGCUCCGAAGCCGGCUUCAUUCUCGUGCACGUCACCAUGGUGGCCCACACCGGUCGAGUCGUCGCUGCGGCCGAGGAUGUGCUCGAGGCGUCUCAAAGGGGCGACCACAAGGCGUUCCAAAGCGCGAUGGGUGACCUCCUCGCGACGUACGAAAAGAUCCAAGUCGCGAUGGAGUCGAUGUGGUCGUGGUCGAGGCCGGUCGACUACUUGCGCUUCAGGUCAUUCAUCUUUGGCACGGGCCCCAAAAAGUCCAACUCGAUGUUCCCCAACGGCGUCGUCUACGAGGGCAUCGGCACUGACGAGCCCCAAUACUUCCGUGGUGAGAGUGGUGCCAACGACGUGAGUCUUCAGUCUAGGUUCGGACAGUGAGCUUUCCGUGAUCCGAUCCAGCUGACCUUCCUGUUUUUGUUGGUUCUUUCAGUCCAUCAUCCCCCUUGCGGACAACUUGCUCGAGAUCACUCGUGCACACCCCAAGAAUGAGCUCACAUCGACCUUGCGCGAGUUCCGUGAAUACCGUCCUUCGGCGCAACGUGUAUACCUCGAAGCGCUCGAGCGUCGUGCGUCCGAGACGGGCGUUUUCAAGUUUGCGCAGCAGAAUCCCGAGAGCUUGGCCUUGUACAUCCUCAUGGUCGACCAAGUGCGCGAGUUCAGGGACCGCCACUGGAAGUUCACCAAGGUAAGUGUUGAGAAGGAGAUGGCAGCUCUGUCGGAUGAGCCUGACUGACCUUGCUAUCUUUUGUCUGUGCAACAGAGCUACAUCAUUCGUUACUCGGACCACGCUAUCGCCACGGGUGGAUCGCCGAUCCUGCGCUACUUGCCUCAGAACCUGACGACCGUGCUCAACUGCAUGGCCGAUGCGUUCACCUUGUUGCCCAACUCGCACGGCUUGACCCCUACGACGGCGGCCAAGAUCGAGGCGUGCCGCGGUCGCGCCGAGAGGGAACUCGAGGCGUUGAAGGUUGAGUUGGGCGAGUUGAGGGGCGGGGUCAAGGGUGUCGAUGAUAAGCGCGUGCACACUCGUGGAUCCGUUGGCUGCGACGGCAUCGGCUGA